AGUCCCGGCAUGCACCGGAGCCACCGGCAGUAGAGCGCAGCGAAGUGGAAUUUUCCCUGCCAGCUACCCGCCCCUGCUCGUUCCAGCUGUAGGCGAGACCCUCCCUCUCUCCUUCUCAUUAUUGCCCGCCCCCCGUUCCCACCGGCCGCGAACCAGGCUCCAACCGCUGCCCUCCGACCGCUCACCCGCUCCCCUCGCGCCCUCCGCCCGCCUCCUUCCUCAGCCCGGAGCGCCGCCCGUCUUCAGCCUGUCGGCCCCCGCUGCCCUCGUCGCGGUUGCCAUAGCCGUCGUGGUCGUCUCUGCUGCCGCCUGGGCCAUGGCCAACUACAUCCACGUUCCUCCCGGGUCUCCGGAGGUCCCGAAGCUGAAUGUCACCGUGCAGGAGCAGGAGGAGCAGCGCUGCCGGGAGGGGGCCCUGAGUCUCCUCCGACACCUGCGACCGCACUGGGACCCCCAGGAGGUGACCCUGAAGCUUUUUACAGAUGGGAUCACAAAUAAACUUAUUGGCUGUUACGUUGGCAAUACAAUGGAGGAUGUGGUCCUGGUGAGAAUUUAUGGCAAUAAAACAGAAUUGUUGGUUGACCGAGAUGAAGAAGUGAAGAGUUUUCGAGUGUUGCAGGCUCAUGGCUGUGCACCACAACUCUACUGUACAUUCAAUAAUGGGCUGUGCUACGAGUUCAUUCAGGGAGAAGCUUUGGAUCCAAAGCAUGUUUGUAAUCCAGCUAUAUUCAGGUUAAUUGCUCGUCACCUUGCUAAAAUUCAUGCUAUACAUGCACACAAUGGCUGGAUUCCCAAAUCUAAUCUAUGGCUAAAGAUGGGAAAAUAUUUCUCUCUCAUUCCUACAGAAUUUGCUGAUGAAGAUAUUAAUAAAAGGUUCUUAAAAGAUGUGCCAAGUCCUCAUGUUCUUCAAGAGGAGAUGACAUGGAUGAAGGAGAUACUUUCAAACCUGGGCUCACCAGUUGUGCUUUGUCACAAUGACCUGUUGUGUAAGAAUAUAAUCUACAAUGAGAAACAAGGUGAUGUGCAAUUCAUAGAUUAUGAGUACUCUGGCUACAACUACCUGGCAUAUGAUAUUGGAAAUCAUUUCAAUGAAUUUGCAGGUGUAAGUGAUGUAGAUUAUAAUCUCUAUCCAAAUAGAGAACUACAAGUUCAGUGGCUAAGGUCUUACCUUGAAGCUUAUAAGGAGUAUAAAGGAUUUGGGACAGAUGUUACAGAAAAGGAAGUAGAAGUACUAUUUAUUCAAGUCAAUCAGUUUGCAUUGGCUUCACAUUUCUUUUGGGGAUUGUGGGCUUUAAUUCAAGCCAAAUAUUCUACCAUUGAUUUUGAUUUCCUUGGGUAUGCAAUUGUUCGUUUUAAGCAGUAUUUCAAAAUGAAGCCUGAGGUCACUGCAUUAAAAUUACCUGCGUAAAGAAGGAUAUUUAGUUAACCUCAAGUGACUACGCAAUCCUUGUGAACCAUUUUUGAAAACAGAUAUUGAACAGCUAAUAUUUGUUAAAAUUCUGUGAUUUCAUUUGGUUAUCUUGCUUUAUAACUGAUGCCUCUAAACAGCCAACUUAUCUUUAAAUAUUACAUCUAAUUCAGAAAUGUACCUACUGUCAGUAUGAGAUGGAUUAGAAAUUUGUUAAAUCUACAAAGGUCUGUAGAGAUGGCAAUUUAAUCCUUUCUUUGAUCAUUUAAUCUGUUAUAUGUGAAUUAUUUAUUAUAGAUUUAACUUGAUUCCAUUGCUGCUUUCCUUAGUUUUUGUAAAAGAAUUGAAUAUAGGUAAUGAAAUUGUUUCUUUUUUUUUUAAAAAAAAAAAAAUUUUUUUAACAUUAGAUUAAUUUAGGUAAAUGUUUUUUGGGGUGUUCAUUAUAAAUAAUCUUGUUGUACUGUAUGUAAAGAGUCAUUUAUUCUUGAAAUGCCAGGAACAAGGUAUAAUAAAUUUAGAUUAUUUAAUUCUGGGCUAGGAGGUAAAACUUUUCAUGGCAUGGUACAUUUUCUGAGUUGAAUACUGGAAUGAAUUGCUCCUGGGAAUAGAAAUUUUACUUACCCUUUUAGUCCUGGAAUACAUUUACUAACACUAUCUUAGCAAAAUCUUUAUGAUAGAGGGUGUUUUCUUAUCUAAAAUGUGAAUAUUUUUCACUAUUCCCUUUUUUUAAAUUGCUACAUACAAUUAUUUCUAAAUUAUGUGUAAUUCUAUGUAUUGAACAGCACUAUGAUCUUUUUAAAACAUUCUACUUUUCCAUUUGCUAGUCAGGGUGAGUCAAUGAGCAAUUUACUCCCCUUCUCUAAGAUACCCCUCUCCCCCAAACAAAAGGAAGGGAAAUAUUUAAUCACUCAGCCUCUAUGCUCCUAACUUGGUUUCAUAUCUUUAGCACAAUUAGAUAGUACUAGGAAAAAAAUUAGAAUGCUUAUAGACUUAUAACAAAUGACUAUUGCUGAUGAAUGUAUAUAAAGUUCAAAGUGAUAUAUGGAAGCUGUGAAGAAUUAAAUAUUUUACAGAUAAAUUUGAAGAUUUGAUCAUUGUAUACUUAAAUUGUUAUGCCAAGAAAUCUUUGAAUUCCAAAAUGUGAAUUAAGGAAAAAGGAAGAUAUGUAUUGGUUUUUUUGGAUUUUAUUUUAAAAAAUGGAGGGUGGGGGCUGGUCACCCUGGGGAAGGGAAGAAGGAACUUCUAUAAGGUAGGAGUCAGUCUUUAAGCUUUGAAAUUGCUGUGUGAAGUUUUGAUAGUCAACUUUUUAAACAAUUGUCCUGACAAGUUUUGCACUUUGGUCACAUAAGUGCCCAUAUAAAGUUGACAUGAUGUGCCUGCAUAUUCAGAAUGUGCAAGCACAAACUUAUCCUACAAUUAAAUAUUGCAGGGAAAAACACACACACACACACACACACACACACACCCUCUUUUAAGAAUGCUAAUUUUCAGAUUACUUAAACCUUUAAACCUUCAGACAAGCACUUUUCAAGAUUCUUGAAAGCAGUUUAUAGAAAACUUUAAAGGUCAUUUAAAGUUGUAAAAUUCAUUAAGUAAAUAUCUUAAAAGAAAUUUCUUUUCAUAACAGUAUUAAAUCAAGAUUCACUUUUCUACCUCCCCUUCAAUCUUAUUAAAAUUAGUCACAUUUUGAUUUUAUUUUAACAAAAUAAUGGAAUCAGUAGUUUGUUUCAUUUGACUCUAAAUUAUUUGAAAAUGAAGUUUUCCUCUACUAUUAGGAUGUGGAGUUUAUGAAAGUUCUUUUAGUGGAUUUUUUAUCUUCUUCAUAGAGAAUAACAAGUACUGUGGAGAAAAUAUAAAACAUUUUUGAUUUUUUGCUUUUUGGUUAUGUAAAGAGUUAACAAUUUGUAUCUGUCAGACCUUUGAAAACAGUAGAAAAUAUCCUUUUUAUUUUUCUCAGAUUGUCUUCUCAAGCUGGAAAUUGUAGAUUUUGACCAUUCUCACUGAGCUUACUCUGCUGGUAAACUAAUAGAGCCUUCUCUUCUCUGUUUUUCUUAGGGAUUAAUAUGGAAUGAUGAAUUGGUAGGGACAAUCACUUCUUCCACAAUGAUAUGCCUAAUUCACACCUCAUUGUGUAUAUAGAUAAUGGGCACAGAACGGGCAUGUAUAUAUAGUCUUGCUUUUUAUCUCUGGCAUGCAGGAGGAAUUGAUGGGGAGAGGGGUGCAGUAUUAUGAUUGUUUUACUCCACUGGUUUAUGGGAUCAUAGUGCAGAUAGUACUUUUUUAGAAAAAUUAAAUUUGCUUCACAAUAACCAUUUAAGGAAUUUAAAAAGGAAAAAUCUCAGAGCUCUAGAAACAUUUAUAAAAAGUUUUCUUUGUGACUUGCUGAAAUGCCAUUCUGUUGCCUUUUUUCUAUGCUAAGUUAAGAGGCUUGAAUGUCAUACAUGAUAACUCAACUUGUAGUAAACCUGGUAUUGGAAAUAGGAAGAGGGUUAUAUAAGUGACAUUCAGGUAUGCACAAUGUUAGUCAGUAGACCAUAGUGGCCUGGGUGCUUUAAAAAGCAACAUUGAGUAAAUUAUUUCCUUUCUUCUGUUACCAUUUGUAAAAUCAGACCUGGUUAAUCAUAUUUAAUUUUUUUCUUUUAUUACCAGUCUCUGGAAACCUACAAAGGUGUGGCAAUAAGUCACAUACUUUUUGUAUGCUUAUUUAAGUUUACUUGGAACAUUAAAAUUAAUUAACCAGGUCUGGCCAUGUAUAUAAAGCAGUGUAAAUAAAUAUGUGUAAAUUAGUGUGAAUUAUAACUUACACUUAUGAGCUUGUGUAUUUGCUUUUGUAGAAAUUUCUCUAUAAAUAAUCAAGCUCCUUAUCUCCUCACAUCCUUUUUGCUGCUGUUGUUUGUUAACCUGGCAUAUCUGAUGGCUCUGUUUAUACAGUGGGAAGAAAAGAGAGAUGAAACUUAAGAAAAAUUGUAAUAUGCUGUUACAUUAAGGGCAGUACUUAAUUUAUAGGUUUUAUUAACUUUAUUAGUUAGCACUUAGCCUUUGUUAAAGUAAAGAUUCCUGGAAGAUAGUGAUUUAAUUCAGUACAGUCUUAGGCAAAUAGAACUGCAUUUUUUUUUUUAGUUUUAAUUAUAUAUUAUAUAACAGUUGAUUGAAAACUUUUUUUUUUUUUUUUACCCCUUCUCUGUUUUGGAAGGAUUUAACUCUUACAUCAAGAGGAAAAUCUGAGUGUAAUAUUCAUAUCUCUUAAAAGAAAAUUUAAAUCUCUACAAAUAUAAACCAUCCAUCUUAAACUUCAUAAGUAUAUUCGUUCUAGCAUGGUAGCAGAGACUAAAAUGUUAAUCCAACUUUCUAACAUCAUUUGAAGUAUAUUACCUGAUUUAAAGAAAAAUUUCUCUUUCUAGAGUGUCAGGUAAAAUAGAAACCAUUCCAUUUAAAUUUUUACAUAGUUUUAUCCCUUUGGUUUCUUUUCAGCCCUUCUGUAAUUUAUAAAUCCUGACUUGUACAAAAUAUAAUUUGGUAGUCUUAAUUUCUAUUUACAACACUGCUUUUGGUAGCAUUUAAAUCUGUGGCUUUAGGACACAAGAGUUUAACCUAUUAAAUAUUUCCCAAAUUUUCAUUUGUUGGAAAAACUGAUUCAAUAAUUUCUUUGAAGAUGUCAGAAGAAAGGGUGAUGGUGGCAUUAAUUGUGAUUGCUUUAAACUAACAGGAAAUCCUAAUUUUUCCUCAAGGAAUCAAGAGCUAUAAGCAAACAAUUAUAAAAGUAGCCACAUCUUUUGUUAAAAAAUUGCUUUGUGGGAAUUAUGUACUGUAUUUCUCAUUUGCUUUCCAUUUUCUCUUAUGAUUACAAGUUAUCUAAUGUGAUUUGAGUAUGUGGAAGCCUAUGUCACAUUUUAUAACAAUUGGCAUGUUAUUAAGAAAUUAGAGUAGUGUUUGGCCAACCAUUUUCUAGUAUAUGUGAUUAGUCAUUUUAAAAAUUACUUUAUACAAGAUUAGAAUAUAUAUAAAUGUGUAUAUGUGUGUAUUGCAUAUAUCAUGUAAACUUGUGUCCAAUGCAAUAUUUUUUUUAUAAAAAACAUGAGGUUUUCCCAAUAUUUUAAGCUCAAAGACUCAAUUUGUUGCUGUCAAAUACUUUGAUUUACAUCACUAUUGGUUGCAAAUAGAAUUAGGGUUGCAGAGUUGUUAUGAAAGUAUUUUCUUCCAUCAUGUUUGACACGUAAAGAGUGAAAAUUUUUUUAAAAAUAUAUUUUUUCCUACAAAGUACUUGGAAGUGAAACCAAUAACAUGUAUUAAACAGAGGGCAAAGCAACCCUGAUGUUUCUAUUAAUUUAAGAACAUUUUAUUUUCAUUGAUCUUUUUAAAGGUAACUAAAUAUACUUGAGUCUUUAGAAUUCUCUGAAAGAAAAAUGAUGGAAUUGCAGAUUAGAAAAUGAUCUUGUAUAAACUUAACAUGUUGGUUAGUUUCUACCUUGGUCUACUUCACUUUUUCCUCAUGUUAAAAAUAUACAUGUGGUAGACUAUGGAUUAGAUUAUGAAACGUGUUUUCUCUAUACAUAGCCUUUUAGUUCUGAUACUGAAGAUUUGGUUUAAUCCAAAACAAAAAAAAAAAUUAAAAAUUUUUAAAAAAUUAUCCAUGAACUUGCAAUGUUUUCCUUGUUUAAAAUGUAACAAUUUGGUGGUGAUAGGCUCCAUUUUACAUUAUUAAAUAAAACUAGCAAUGAGAAGUAGGAGAUGGCCCAUGCUGUAAUAUUUUUUUGACAUUGAAAUUCUUUAUUGGCCAUUGGUUGUGAAUUAAAAAGCAAAAACUAUCUUAGAUAAUUGGGAAGUUAGGGGGGGGGACUAGGAUGAGAAAUUUUCCAUGAUAGUGAACCUUACUUCCAUAUGUCAUGAAGUCACCUCUGUGGCCUGGAAAAGACCCUGGAAUGGAAAAACAAAAUGUUUAAAAUCACUUUGCACCUAUCUCAUGUGCUGUCAUAUAUUUAAUAUGGUGCUGUGCAGGAAAUUGUGUUCUCUGAUCAUCUAAAGCAGUUUUUCUAAAGCAGUGGUUCCCUAGAGUUUUCCAACUCUAUGAAAAUUAAAUCAGCAAAGACUUUUUUUUUUAGACUGCUGAAUUUCAAAAGCCUUUACACAUCCCAAGUCACUUUCCAUAAUAUCUUAAGUAUUGUUUAAAUUUAAAAUAAAAAAAUUUUUGGAAGAAAAGUUAUUGCUUUGAGAGCUUAAAUGACAGCUUCCUUAAAAUCAGAUGGAAAAACAAAAUUAAAUUCAAAGUCAUUGUAUUAGCUGUGUUAGUUAGAUUUGGAAAUUGUGGCAUAAGGCUUAAAUUUGUAUUUAUCAAAUGUGAACUGUAGUAGUGUGAUGCUGCUUUGUAUAUACUGUAAGUGCUACACAUAGUCUCAGCACUGAAAAUGUAUUGAUACCUCUCAAAUGAGUUCAACUUGAAGUGUAGGUGUUUGAUAUGCCUCAGAAAUGUGUGUGUCUGAGAAUCUGUUAAUGUUUGAAAUUGAAGAUACUUCCUGUUUUUGUUUCAUUUAAUUUAAAAUUUAAUUUUUACUACUGUUAAUUUGUCAAUAUGUUCUGUGGAUACAGUGGGGUUGCUGGUGACAACUAAGAUGUUAACCUCAUUUGUUUUGGCUAUAUGUAUCAUUAGCUAUUAUUGGAGUCGAUUGUAUUUCUUUUUAAAAAGUGAUGUUUAAGCUUUGUUUUUGUUGUAUAAAUCUUUUUGCUAUUGAUUAAAUGAAGGAAUGUAUCUUUUUGAAGAGAUUUAUAUUCUGUAAAUAAAAACUGGUUGUAACAAUAAAGCUAGGUUCUAACUUCCA